AUGGAUCACGGGCCGUAUCCUUGGGCACAGCCUCCAGCUGCAGGCCAGGGCCCGCCACGCGCGCCGCUGCCGCCCGCGCCUGCAGGAGGCAUGCCGUCGAACCCCUUUGCCGCGCCGCCGCCGCCUCCGGAUGUAGACCAGGGCCCGCCACGCGCGCUGCCGAACGCUCACGAGGCCAUGGACCCGUUCCACGCCCUGCCGGGGGCCGCGGCGGCGCCGCCGCAGCGCAAGCUGACGAUCCGACUCCCGGUCGGGGCGGCUGAGAGCAGCACACCCGCACCAAGCCGCGGCGGCCGCGGUGGCCGAGGCCGCGGCGGCCGAGGACGCGGUCGCGGACGAGGCCGCGGCCGCGGCAGGGGCGGGCCCGCGCCGGCGGUGCCGCCGCCCGCACCGGAGGCGGCGCCGCAAUGGGUCCAAUGCGACGGCUGUCAGAAGUGGUACCGCACCGGCGUCCUCGUACAUCCUUGCCUUCGACCGAUUGGCGCAACGGUAGCGCGUCAGAUUCCAGUCCUGAAGGUUACGCGUUCGAAUCGCGUAUCGGUCACUAGGAUUUGCUUCGAUCCCGUCGGCGACGGUACACCCACAGGCGAAGGUUGCCGGCGCACGUCGACGUCGCUUCAUUGCCCGAGCGCUGGUUCUGUUCCAUGAACCGCUGGGACCCGCAGCGAAGCCAGUGCUCCGACCCCGAAGAAGUCGCGCCCGCCGCGGCACCCGUGCGCCAGAGCCCGUCGCCAGAGCCCAACAACGACGCGCUAGCCGAAGCCGAGGCCGCGGCGGCGGCCCAGGCCCAGCUCGACGCGGACGUGUUACCUGUGAGUUAUGGCGACGAGCGUCUCGCCUCAAAAAACGCUCUGGAAUUUGAGCUGCCGCGCUCGACGACCGCAAAACUCACGAAACGGUUUCUAGGACCCAAAGAAUCAAAAGACCCGGAGCUCCAGGCGGCCCUGGCGCGCGCGGGCGGUCUAUUCGCGAUGACCGUUACUUAUGCCGCGACGGACGUGUGUUUGGAAAACAAAAGACAAACAAUAGGCCCGCAGGACGUCCUGACGGCGCUGGACGCUUUGGGGUUUGAACAAGACGACCUCGACGCCUUAUCACAGUUCCUAGAAAGAGAUAAAGAAAGAAGGCCGAAGCACACGGCGCAUCCGGAUCAAAGAAAAUAUAGGGGAGUGUACCAGGGCUCCAUCAACGCCUGGUACUCCCAAAUCAGCAUAGGGGGGCAGCCGAUCCACCUCGGAAGUUACGCGGCGCCGGCGGACGCCGCGAAGGCGUAUGAUAGAGCCAUCUGGUCGAAGCUCGGCGUCGAGGCCGCGGCGUUGUUGAAUUUCCCCGAGCUCAUCCCCGAGAGUCUACCGUACGUCGCCGAAGCGAAGCAAAAACAGAUGGAGCAAGAGGCCGAGAAGGCGCGCCAGCGCGACGAGAAGAUUCGGCUGCGGGAGGAGAAGGAGGCGCUCCGCGAGCAGCGGCGGCUGGAGAAGGAGGAGAAGAAGCGCUUGAAGAAGCCGGCCAAGCGGCGGAAGAAAAUAGACGCGGGGGACGCGGGAUUUUAUAAGUAG